GAACGAUGACAUAGCAAUUGUAUGCCUUCGAAUCUUACCAUUAACUAAUAUCCAAAAUGACUCUCUCUAACUUCUUCGCACAUAUCGCCAUCUCAUACUGCCUCUUUGUUUUAUGCGUCGUCGUUAAGAUCGAAUUUUUGAUCCGGGUUAUACGGAAGCAGAAGCCAAGUAUAUCUCAAGUACCAGGACCACGAUUUGCACGAUGGUCACGAUUGUGGAUUGCAAAAGCGCUCUCGUCUGGAAGAUCUCAUGAAAUAUGGUCCGAAGUAAAUGCGAAAUUUGGGCCCAUUGCCCGAAUUGGUCCUAAUCAUGUCGUCACUGACGACCCUGAAAUAACCCGCCGCAUCCUCGCGGCCAGAUCGGGAUACGUGCGUGGGCCUUGGUUUGAUUCCUUCCGUACCGAUCCCCAAGUUCCAAACAUCGUCUCCGAGCGCGAUGUCAAGAAACACGGCCAGAUACGUGCUAAAUUGGCACCUAGCUUCACCAAUACAUCUGUUGCGGCAAUGGAGCCCCUUGUAGACCAGUUGGUGCUUGGCUGGAUAAACUCGCUACGUAAGCGCUAUACUGUACCGGAUCAAGUGCCGUGCGAUAUUGGCGAAAAGAUUCAAUUUCUAACCGUCGACGUAAUCACCAAAAUCUGUCUAGGAGAUGAGAUUGGGUGCGUUAAGAAUGACCGUGAUAUGCAUCAACUCCUCGAGAUAGUGGAAACUGGUAACUGGUUUUGCCAGUAUUUUUCGGUCUUUCUAGAGUUAAAUACACUCUUUUUCCAGUUAACUAGGAUUCCUUUUCUGAGGAAAUUUCUUUUUCCUACGCCUUGCGAUCGCACCGGCAUCGGCCGUCUUAUGGGGAUAAUUCAUGAAGUCGUGGACAAUCGCGUCAAAGAAGGACAUAAGACAAGUGAUGUCGUCAGUUCACUACUGACGCGGGGAAUGCCAAAAGAUCAGAUAGAUUCUGAGCUCACCGUUGCACUCGUGGCUGGCUCUGAUACCACAUCUACCUCAGUACAGAGUAUUCUCUUAAGUAUUAUAGCUAGCCCCCAGGUUUACAAGACUCUAUGCGCUGAGAUCCGUGGGGCUGUAGCAGGAGGACAAGUUUCUAACCCCAUCCAAGAUUCUGAAGCUAAACAGCUUGUGUACCUGCAAGCUUGCGUCUUAGAAGGGCUACGAAAAUUUCCUCCUCUAAGCCAAUUACGCGAGCGUGUCGUUCCGCCUGGGGGAGAUAUGCUUGGCUGUUUCCACCUCCCUGAGGGCACAUUUGUCGGUUUGAAUAUGUGGGGUGUGCAGCUUAACAAAGCUGUCUAUGGAGAUAACGCUGAGCUCUAUUAUCCGGAGCGUUGGCUGAUAGAUGAUGUUGACAAGCUUCACGCCAUGCACCAGACUCACUCACUGGUAUUUGGACAUGGCUCAACCAAAUGCUUAGGCAUGCCCGUAGCCAUGAUGGAAAUCACAAAAGUCAUAUUCGAACUCCUCAGGAAUUUCGAUAUCACUAUUGCCAAUCCUCAUAAACCAUGGUCCAGUAUAUGUUACGGAAUCUUCUUCCAGAAAAACUUCCACGUCUGCCUUAGUCCAAUCAACUAUACCAGCCCCCCAACCUAUGAGCAUGCUAUGAAAUCCGAAGUAUCUCUUCCCUGAAUAUCAGCUUACCGCCAUCUCCUUCAAUUCACGUUUUAUGAUGGUUUGAUUCAAAGGAUUAGCUUGGAAUUAGAUUACCAUAACACUAUUUUACCCAUCAAGUUCUCGUUGUUUUAUUUCCAUUACUUCACACUGGUUAGAUAGACGAUGUGGUUGCUACUGUACUACAAUAACAAAUCAUUCGUCUCUUUGGAAUAUUGUGCUAUUUACCAGAUGCUAUGUUUUAUUUUUACAGCGAUGUAUAUUUUCACCUUUCAGUCACUAGAAGUACAAAGAUGCGCGGUGAAUAGGAUACCUACUCUCCGAAAUAUUACCUAGUGGCCUAGAUUGCAUGUUGAUCAAGAUUUCGU